CAGCUGCACAAUGGCAUCAUCGGUUAGUGCUCGCUCGUCCUGCUGCCGCCGUCGUUUCUGAGCGGUGGGCCGGCCCAAAACGUUGGACCGUCCGUUGCGCGGAUACCACGAGUCUCUCCUCUCCUGUGUACGCGCGCGCGCUCUCUCUCUCUCUCUCUCAUUCUCUCGUCUCGAGUAUUAAUCGCGGAGACACGUUCUCUCUCGGCCGUGUCUUCAGAAGCGAAACGACGACAACGAACGCGCACCGCGUCCGUCGACGUGACGCCAGCAGAGCCGACGAGAACAAGCGAGCUAAGAAGAAGAAGAAGAAGAAGAAGAAGAAGAAGACUCCGGACGAGGCCGAUCGCAGCAAUCGUGCUCGAUUGUACCUCGCUUGCGGUGCCGCCCGCGGACGUCCAAUCGUCUUAACCACCUACCCACCGAUUCAGGAACGCACGGCGACAACGACGACAAGGAAAACACAAAGGAUCAGCUCUCGAGAGCGACCGACUGAUUAUCCACGAAGAUCUCUCUCCGUCCAAGGACCCGGCGCAACGACGCUGCGCGGGCCCCCAAAAAGCACAAGUGAUAUUUCUAAUAGUUAACUCGUUAGAGGUUAGAAGAUCCGUCGGUGAAACACCGUCUCGCAACUUUGUAUAUAGAAAACGGAACAAAAAAAAAUGUCGAUGCACUCGAUCCGUGAUGGCCAGUGCUAAGUCCAAGUGACGCGCGAAGUGUGUUCAAGCGCAUCUUGCUGCUGCAAAUCCGUGAUCGCGCGAGACGUGGCGAGCCAGGACGGUACGUCGAGGGUAACGACUUGGUGCGCGAGUGAUAAUAAUUAUAAGCCAGGUGUGCGCGUGUCCGAUCGCGCGCGCGCGCGUGUGUGUGUAAAAACGGGGCGCAAUAUGAGAGUGGCCAGGCAGCAUCCACUGCACCUGCAAGUACCGGCCCGCAACAACAAUGGCAAGUUUCUGGUCGGUCCGAACGCCGGCAGUCAGGACGCCGUUCAUCAGCAGCUGUCGCCGCGGCAGCAGCCGCAGCCGCAGCAGCCGGCCGGCGACGAGAGCAGCGCGGUGGUGCCGCCGAGCUGUGUCUUCCCGACCUGCGAAUCGGUGCCCACCGACCUUCACGGGGGACCGACCAUCCUCGGGGAUCGAUUUUUGCUUCUUGGUCCGGCCGAGGGUAGCGCUCUUUAUCGGUGCGUCGACGUGCACAGCGGUCAACAGCUCGUCGCCAAGGCGUUGACCGUGGGCGACAAAGGUUGCGAGGCGUUGCUGCAGGCCCACCUUCGUCUCGAGGGCACCGGCGCGGCGAGCGGCGUGGCCGGCGUGGUGGAGGCACCUGGAGGCCGGCGCUAUCUUCUCUUGGAGGGUCACCACGGCGACCUGCACGCCUACGUAAGAGCGCGCAGGAGACUACGCGAGCCUGAGGCGAGGCGACUCUUCCGGCAGGCGGCUAGGGCCGUGGCGACUUGUCACGAGUACGGUGUCGUGUUGAGGGAUCUUAAGCUCCGCAAGUUCGUCUUCGCCGAUGAAGCGAGAACGCGGCUUCGUCUGGAGAGCCUGGAGGACGCGGUGAUCGUGGAGAACGAUAAUGACAAGCUGACCGAUCGGCGCGGCUGCCCGGCUUACGUCGCGCCGGAAGUGCUGCGCUCCGGACGCGCCUAUUCCGGCAAGGCGGCGGACAUCUGGUCGCUGGGCGUGCUGCUCUACACGAUGCUGGUCGGUCGUUAUCCGUUCAACGACGCCGAGCACGCGUCCCUCUUCGCCAAGAUCUCGCGCGGCCAGUUCGCCGUGCCGGAGGGUCUGAGUCCGCGCGCUAAGUGCCUGAUCCGCUCGCUGCUGCGAAAGGAGCCGUCCGAGCGGCCGUACGCCGAGGACGUGCCGCUGCACCCGUGGCUCUCGAAGCCGCUGCGGCUGUGCGCGCCCACGUCCGGCAGCAGAUCCUCGUGCCAGGACCAACUCGUACCAGAGCUACCUACUAAUCCUCAAGACUGACUCUCUUUCGGGGGAAGAAUCAUUAUUCCGCGCGCGACGGCAUCACUCUCGCAUUCUGGUGUUUCUCCCGCGUCGACAGCCGGAUCGAGUACUUGCAUCGUAAGGCGUGAGUUAGCGCAAUCAAAAGAUGG